CGGGGCCGACGCCCGCGCAGGUUUAAAUGCGGGCGGCGCAGGGCGUGGAGCCAGCGGAGCGACUGCGGUUCCAGCGCGGAGCAGAGCGUGUUGACAGGACACGUGUGACUCAAGUGAGUUCUACAAGACCAGCUGUUUGCAAUGAACGGCCAGGCCUCUCCUCCUCUUGAUGUCCUGGUCACCAACGGUGCUGAGCAGGCCACCAUCCCCAAAAACAUUAAGGCUGGACUGGGAGCCAGUGCCCCCUCUGGGCCCCAGGCAGAGGCAGCCCCGUCCUCCAGAGCCAGGAGCAUUGCUGGGGUGCACGUGGAGGCCUCAGGGCAGACGCUGAGUGUCUAUGCGGCCAUGAAGCAGGGCCUCUUGCCCACGGGACUUGGGCUGGCUCUGCUGGAGGCCCAAGCAGCCACUGGGGGCCUUGUGGACCCUGCCCAGGGCCAGCUGCUCCCCGUGUCUGAGGCCCUACGGCAGGGCCUCGUAGGGCUGGAGCUGAAGGAAAAGCUGCUGGCCGCUGAGCACGCAGUCACUGGCUAUCCUGACCCCUAUGGGGGUGAGAAGCUGGCCCUCUUCCAGGCCAUCAGGAAGGAAAUUGUCAACAAGAACCUGGGACAGAGCUGGCUGGAGGCCCAGCUGGCCACUGGGGGCCUGGUGGACCCGGUCCAGGACAUGCGAGUUGCCCCAGCACUAGCCUGCCAGCAGGGCCUCCUGGACCAGGAGACGUGGCUCAGCCUGACUGAGUGGGAGCCCAGCCGUGAAGCUCCAGGUUUCCUGGACCCCAACACUCUGGAACUGCUGCCCUACUCCACACUUCUGGGCAGGUGUGUGCAAGACCCUGGCUCAGGGCUGGCCCUGCUGCCCCUCAAGACCACCUUCCACACCCUGUGUGGGGCGGCCAGUGUGACUGAGCUGUUGGAGGCAGGGGUCCUGGACGAAGAGGCAGCCCGAGGCCUGCGGGAGGGCACACUGACUGUGUCAGAUGUGAGUGCGCGCCCUGAGGUGCGGCGCCACCUGGAGGGCACUGGUGGUGUGGCAGGGGUCGUCCUGCUGCCUGAAGGCCACAAGAAGAGCUUCUACCAGGCAGCUGCUGAGCACCUGGUGCCAAUGGGUGCUGUACUCCCGCUCCUGGAAGCUCAGGCUGCCACCCACUCCCUGGUGGACCCAGCGACGGGCCGGCAGCUGUGUGUGGAUGAGGCGGUCAGGGUGGGCCUGGUUGGUCCAGAACUUUACGAGCAGCUUCUGGUGGCUGAGCAGGUGAUGACUGGGUACCAUGACCCCUUUAGUAGCUCCCGCAUCCCCCUCUUCCAGGCCAUGAAGAAGAACCUGGUGGACAAGUCGCUGGCUCUGCGCCUCCUAGAUGCCCAGCUGGCCACAGGUGGACUGGUUUGCCCUACUCGCAGAUUCCGGCUACCUCUGGAGGUUGCCCUGCGUUUGGGCUGCCUGGAUGAAGAGACUCGGCAGCAUCUCUCACAAGUCACAGGCUUCCCUAACCCCGGCACACGUGACAACCUGUCUUAUGGGCAGCUGCUGGCCCUCUGCGUCACUGACCCGGAGACGGGACUUGCCUUCCUGCCUCUCUCAGGGGGACCCCAUAGAGAGGUGCCCCAGGGACCCUCAUUCAUUGACCACCGCACUCGGCAGGACUUGAGUGCUGCCAUGACCUCCAUCUCUGUGGGGAGGUUUCAGGGCCGGCCUGUAUCCCUCUGGGAACUGCUCUUCUCUGAGGCCAUCUCUGUGGAGCAGAGGGCAAAGCUGGCCCAGCAGCACCAGGAAGGGACCCUCUCAGUGGAAGAGCUGGCAGCAGAGCUGAAGGCCACCAUCGAGCAGGCUGAAGCCACAGCCAGGGUCACCUUUAUUGGGCUGAGGGACACUGUGACGCCAGGAGAGUUGCUGAAAGCAGAAAUCAUUGACCAGAAGCUCUAUGAGCAACUAGAACGUGGGCAGACCUCAGCCCAUGAUGUGGGCAUCUUGGACUCUGUGCAGAGGUACCUGCAGGGCACAGGCUGCAUUGCUGGCCUGCUGCUGCCCAGUUCCCAGGAGCGCCUCAGCAUCUAUGAGGCCCGCAGGAAGGGGCUCCUCAGGCCUGGCACUGCCCUCAUCCUCCUGGAGGCCCAGGCUGCCACAGGCUUCAUCAUCGACCCAAAAGAAAACAAAAGACACUCAGUGGAAGAGGCACUGAGGGCUGGCGUCAUCGGGCCUGACGUGUACAUGAAGCUGCUGUCCGCCGAGCGCGCCGUCACGGGCUACACCGACCCCUACUCCGGGGAGCAGAUCUCGCUCUUCCAGGCCAUGCAGCGGGACCUCAUCGUCAGGGACCACGGCAUCCGCCUGCUGGAGGCCCAGAUCGCCACAGGCGGCGUCAUCGACCCCGUGCACAGCCACCGCCUGCCCGUGGAGGUGGCCUACCAGCGCGGCUACUUCGAUCAGAUGCUGAACUUGAUCCUGGCGGACCCCAGCGACGACACCAAGGGCUUCUUCGACCCCAACACGCACGAGAACCUCACGUACCUGCAGCUGCUGGAGCGCUGCGUGGAGGACCCCGAGACGGGCCUGCGCCUCCUGCCACUCAGCAGCGCACGGCCCCAGCUGGUGGACGGCAGCACUCGGCAGGACUUACAGAACCUGGUGCUUCCUGUGAAACACGGACGGUUCCAGGGACAGAGGGUCUCGGCGUGGGAGCUGAUCAACUCGGAAUACUUCUGUGAGGCCCGGAGGAGGCAGCUGCUGCAGCGCUAUCAACGGCGUCAGGUCACGUUGGAGCAGGUCACACAGAUGCUGCAGAGAGAGUCGAGGAGGUGGGCGGACAUCACACUGCCAGCACUGCGGGGCCAGGUCACUGCCUGCCAGCUCUUGGAUGCUCAGAUCAUUGACCAGGAGCUCCUGGAGCAGGUACUGGCCGGGGAAAUCAGCCCUGAUGCCCUCUUCCACAUGGACAGUAUCCACAGGUACCUGCAGGGCUCAGGCUCAGUGGGUGGCGUGCUCCUGCAGCCCUCCAGACAGAGGCUUGGCCUUUACCAGGCCAUGCAGCAGAAGCUGCUGGCACCUGGCGUGGCCCUGCCCCUGCUGGAGGCCCAGGCGGCCACUGGAACCAUCAUAGACCCUUGCAGUCUGGAGACCCUGUCUGUGGAUGAGGCUGUACGCAGGGGAGUGGUGGGGCCAGAGGUGUACGGCAGGCUGAGACGGGCCGAGGAGGCCGUCACUGGCUUCAGAGACCCCUUCUCUGGAAAGAGGGUGUCCCUGUUCCAGGCCAUGAAGAAGGGCCUCAUUCCUGUGGAGCAGGCUGCCCGCCUGCUAGAGGCCCAGGUGGCAACUGGAGGGGCCAUUGAUCCCACAGGCUGCCACCACCUCCCCUUGCCUGUGGCCAUCCAGCGGGGCUGCAUCGACCAAGAGAUGAAGAUGACCUUGUCCAGCUCUCCCAAGACCUUCCCCACACCGGACGGCCAGGGGUUCACCAGCUAUGCCCAGCUGCUGGAGGAGUGCCCACGGGACAAGGCCUCUGGCGUUCACCUCCUGCCUCUGUCAGGUGCUCCUGCCAUUCUCACUGACGCUCAGAUCCAGGACAUCCUGCAGGCCACACCAGGGAGUGAGGACGGCAAGUCCCUCUGGGACCUGCUCACCUCCUGCCACUUCACUGAGGAGCAGCGCAAAGGCCUCCUGGAGGACGUGCGGGUUGGGAGGACCUCUGUGCCACAGCUGCAGGCCACUGUGUGCAGCUGUGUACAGGGGGCAGAGCUCCUGGCCCAGGCCCAUGUGACAGUGCCAGGACCCCGGGGGGAGGUCCCUGCCGUCUGGCUGCGGGAGGCUGGCAUCAUUACCCAGGAGGCACUGGCAGCACUGGCUGAGGGCACACAGUCACCCUCUGAGGUCGCUGAGCAGCCCGCAGUGAAGGCCCACCUCUGGGGCACGGGCUGCGUGGCUGGGGUGUUGCUGCAGCCCUCUGGGACCAAGGCGAGCAUCACCCAGGCCAUGAGGGAUGGCCUCCUGCCCCUGGGCCUGGGACAGAGACUGCUGGAGGCCCAGGUGGCAUCUGGCUCCCUUGUUGACCCACUGACCAACCAAAGACUGUCAGUGGAGGAUGCAGUCAAGGCGGGCCUGGUAGGCAGGGAACUGAGUGAGCAGCUCAGCCAGGUCGCGAGGGCUGUGGCUGGGUAUACCGACCCCUACUCGGGGGGCUCCCUCUCUCUGUGGCAGGCCAUGGAGAAGGGGCUUGUGGCCCAGAGUGAGGGCCUUCCCAUCCUGCAGGUGCAGCUGGCCACGGGGGGCAUAGUAGACCCUGUCCACGGGGUGCACCUGCCUCAGGCAGUGGCCUGCAGACUUGGCCUCCUGGGUGAGCAGGUGAGCUGGGCACUGACCACCACCAGGGAGGACAACAAGUUCUUCUUUGACCCUAACUCCCGGGUCAGGGUGACCUAUGGGCAGCUCAAGGAGCUCUGUGUGCUGGAUACUGAUACCGGCUUGUGGCUGCUACCACUCACCCAGGAUGCUGUACUCGAGGUAGAUGAGCACACUGCGGUGGCUCUGAGGGCCAUGAAGGUGCCUGUCAGCGUGGGGAGAUUCCAAGGGCGCGUUGUGUCACUCUGGGACCUGCUACACUCUGAGUACAUCAGUGCUGACAAGCGGCAGGAACUGGCAGCACUCUGCCGGUCUGGGCGAGCCACAGCCCUGAGGCAGGUGGUCAGUGCGGUCACUGCCCUAGUGGAGGCUGCAGAGAAGCAGUCCCCACAGGUCACCUUUAGAGGGCUCCGGAAGCAGGUGUCAGCCAGGGACCUAUUCAGGUCUCAAUUGAUCAACAAGCAGACUCUAGAGGAGCUAAACCAGGGGAAGAAGACAAUACAGGAGGUGACAGAAAUGGACAGUGUGAGGCGGGCUCUGGAAGGAGGCAACUUCAUUGCGGGGGUCCUCAUCCAAGGCACCAAGGAGAAGAUGAGCAUCCCGGAGGCCCUGAGAAGGCACAUCCUGCGGCCGGGCACAGCCCUGGUGCUGCUGGAGGCGCAGGCGGCCACCGGCUUCAUCAUCGACCCUGCAGAGAACCAGAGGCUCACUGUGGAGCAGGCGUUCCAGGCAGGGAUGUUUGGCAGGGAAACCUAUGUGAAGCUGCUGUCCGCCGAGCGCGCCGUCACGGGCUACACCGACCCCUACUCCGGGGAGCAGAUCUCGCUCUUCCAGGCCAUGAAGAAGGGCCUCAUCGUCAGGGACCACGGCAUCCGCCUGCUGGAGGCCCAGAUCGCCACGGGCGGCGUCAUCGACCCCGUGCACAGCCACCGCGUGCCCGUGGAGGUGGCCUACCAGCGCGGCUACUUCGACGAGGAGAUGAGCCGCGUGCUGGCGGACCCCAGCGACGACACCAAGGGCUUCUUCGACCCCAACACACACGAGAACCUCACCUACCUGCAGCUGCUGGAGCGCUGCGUGGAGGACCCUGAGACGGGGCUCUACAUGCUGCAAAUCGUAAAGAAAGGAGAACCCUACACGUACCUUGAUGAGGCCACCAAGCAAGUUCUGAGGUCCCGAACCAUGAAAGUGCAUGUGGGGAGGUUUGCUGGUCAGACCGUGUCCGUCUGGGACCUGCUCUCCUCUCAGUACUUCAACGAGAAACGGAAGAGAGAGCUACUGUGGCAGUACAGACAGCAGACUGUGGGCCUGGAGAGGCUGCUGGACAUCAUCAGAACCACCAUCGAAGAAACAGAGGAGCGAAACCAGGACAUUGAGGUGGCGGCCAUCCAAGGGCACACAACGGCCGCCGAACUCUUCAACUCUGGGGUCCUCGAUAAGGAGACCCUGGAUGUGCUUCACAAGCAGGACACUGGGCACUGGGACCUGCGGCAGCUGGAGCACGUGCGCACCUACCUGGAGGGCAGCGGCUGCAUUGCUGGGGUGACUGUACCCUCUACCCAGGAGGUCAUGGGCUUCCAUGAGGCCUACAGGAAGGGGCACAUCCCUGCAGGGUUUGCAGCUCAGAUGCUGGAGGCACAGGCAGCCACCGGGUUUCUGCUGGACCCCCACACUCACCUGAGGAUGUCAGUGGAUGAGGCCAUGGCCACUGGCCUGGUGGACGAAGAGCUGCGGGAAAAGCUGCAUAGCGCUGAGAAAGCUGCUAAGGGUCACCAAGACCCAGUCACUGGGGGGACAAUCCCACUGUUCCAGGCCAUGAAGAAGAAGCUGGUUGGAAGGGAGGAGGCCCUGAGGCUGCUGGAGGUGCAGAUGGCCACAGGGGGCGUUGUGGACCCACAGCACCACCACCGUAUCCCACUGGACACAGCCUACAGGCGUGGCUGCCUGGACGAGGAAACAAAAGUACUGGUUUUGGAUCAGAAGCACAUGAAGAGAAGGUUCCUGGACCCGAACACACAAGAGAGAGUUACAUACCAAGAACUGCAGGAUAGAUGCAAGAAGGACCAGAGGUCAGGAUGGCCCCUGUUCCCAGUGGUGAAGGAUACAAAGGACACAGAGUAUGUUGAUGAAGCCACCAAAAGGGCCCUGGAAGCAGAGCAGGUAGAAAUAACAGUGGGAAGGUACAGAGGACAGAGGCCAUCAGUAUGGGAGCUGCUGAACUCAGAGUAUGUGACCCGGGAGGAAAAGCUAGAGCUUGUUAACAACUACAGGAAAGAUACUGCAGGAGCCCUAGAAAGUGUGGUGCAAGGCAUUCUGCAGAUGAUUACAGAGAAAGAAAAAAUCAGCAGACCAAUGUGGUUCAAGGGUUUCCGAAAGCAGGUCACAGCAGCAGAGCUCCACAGCUCAGGUAUCAUAACCAGAGAGACUCUGCAGGACCUGGAGGAGGGCCGUCGCACAGUGCACCAGGUGGAGGAAAGGGAAGAGGUGCAACGCUACCUGGAGGGCACCAGUAGCAUCGCGGGCGUGCUGGUGCCCGCCAGGGGCGAGCCGGGCCGCCAGGAGAAGAUGAGCAUCUACGAGGCCAUGUGGAAGGGCGUGCUGCGGCCGGGCACGGCCCUGGUGCUGCUGGAGGCGCAGGCGGCCACCGGCUUCGUCAUCGACCCGGUGCACGACCGGAGGCUGUCCGUGGAGGAGGCCGUGGCCGCGGGCGUGGUGGGCGGGGAGAUCCGGGAGAAGCUGCUGUCCGCCGAGCGCGCCGUCACGGGCUACACCGACCCCUACUCCGGGGAGCAGAUCUCGCUCUUCCAGGCCAUGCAGCGGGACCUCAUCGUCAGGGACCACGGCAUCCGCCUGCUGGAGGCCCAGAUCGCCACGGGCGGCGUCAUCGACCCCGUGCACAGCCACCGCGUGCCCGUGGAGGUGGCCUACCAGCGCGGCUACUUCGACGAGGAGAUGAGCCGCGUGCUGGCGGACCCCAGCGACGACACCAAGGGCUUCUUCGACCCCAACACGCACGAGAACCUCACCUACAUGCAGCUGCUGCGGCGCUGCGUGCGCGACCCGGACACCGGGCUCUACAUGCUGCAGCUGGCGGCCCAGGACUCCGCGGUGCACCAGCUGAGCGAGGAGCUGCGCGCCGCCCUGCGCGACGCCCGCGUCACGCCCGGCUGGGGCGCCUUCCAGGGCCAGAGCGUCUCCGUCUGGGAGCUCCUCUUCUACCGCGAGGUGCCCGAGCGCCGGCGCCAGGACCUGCUGCGCCGGUACCGGGCGGGCACCCUGACCGUGCAGGACGUGGGCUCGGCCCUCACCUCGCUGUUGGCCGCGGCCGAGGACCGGAGCCCGAGCGUCGACCCUCGGGGGGCCCUGCGUGCGGCCACCAUGGAGGUCAAGGCGGGACGCCUGCGGGGGCGUGCCGUACCCGUGUGGGACGUGCUGACGUCUGGCUACGUGAGCCGGGCCGCCCGCGAGGAGCUGCUGGCCCAGUUCGGCUCGGGGUCUCUGGCCCUGCCCGCGCUGACGCGCAGGCUGACCACCAUCAUCGAGGAGGCGGAGGCGGCCCACGGGUCCCCGCCCCGGCCCGGGGCGACCUCGCCCGAUCGGCGGGAGCCAGGGCCGCCAGGGCACUCCGCAGGCGAGGCUGAGGCCGAGGGCGAGGCGGAGGCCGCCUGCCGCCGGCGCCGCCAGGAGCAGGAGCAGGCCCUGCGCGCUGCCACCAUGGAGGUGCGCUCAGGGCGGUUCCGGGGCCAGCCAGUCUCCGUGUGGGACGUCCUCUUUUCCUCGUACCUGGAAGAGGCCCGGCGGGAGGAGCUCCUGGCCCAGCACGCGGCAGGCACCCUGGGGCUGGCGGACCUGGUGGCCGCCCUCCUGCGGGUGGUGGAGGAGACCGAGGAGCGGCUCAGCAAGGUGUCCUUCCGCGGCCUGAGGCGCCAGGUGUCGGCGACCGAGCUGCACAAGUCCGGGAUCCUGGGCCCCGAGACCCUGCGGGACCUGGCCCAGGGCACCAAGACCCUGCAGGAGGUGAAGGAGAUGGACUCCGUCAAGCGCUACCUGGAGGGCACCAGCUGCAUCGCGGGCGUGCUGGUGCCCGCCAGGGGCGAGCCGGGCCGCCAGGAGAAGAUGAGCAUCUACGAGGCCAUGUGGAAGGGCGUGCUGCGGCCGGGCACGGCCCUGGUGCUGCUGGAGGCGCAGGCGGCCACCGGCUUCGUCAUCGACCCGGUGCACGACCGGAGGCUGUCCGUGGAGGAGGCCGUGGCCGCGGGCGUGGUGGGCGGGGAGAUCCGGGAGAAGCUGCUGUCCGCCGAGCGCGCCGUCACGGGCUACACCGACCCCUACUCCGGGGAGCAGAUCUCGCUCUUCCAGGCCAUGCAGCGGGACCUCAUCGUCAGGGACCACGGCAUCCGCCUGCUGGAGGCCCAGAUCGCCACGGGCGGCGUCAUCGACCCCGUGCACAGCCACCGCGUGCCCGUGGAGGUGGCCUACCAGCGCGGCUACUUCGACGAGGAGAUGAGCCGCGUGCUGGCGGACCCCAGCGACGACACCAAGGGCUUCUUCGACCCCAACACGCACGAGAACCUCACCUACAUGCAGCUGCUGCGGCGCUGCGUGCGCGACCCGGACACCGGGCUCUACAUGCUGCAGCUGGCGGCCCAGGACUCCGCGGUGCACCAGCUGAGCGAGGAGCUGCGCGCCGCCCUGCGCGACGCCCGCGUCACGCCCGGCUGGGGCGCCUUCCAGGGCCAGAGUGUCUCCGUCUGGGAGCUCCUCUUCUACCGCGAGGUGCCCGAGCGCCGGCGCCAGGACCUGCUGCGCCGGUACCGGGCGGGCACCCUGACCGUGCAGGACGUGGGCUCGGCCCUCACCUCGCUGUUGGCCGCGGCCGAGGACCGGAGCCCGAGCGUCGACCCUCGGGGGGCCCUGCGUGCGGCCACCAUGGAGGUCAAGGCGGGACGCCUGCGGGGGCGUGCCGUACCCGUGUGGGACGUGCUGACGUCUGGCUACGUGAGCCGGGCCGCCCGCGAGGAGCUGCUGGCCCAGUUCGGCUCGGGGUCUCUGGCCCUGCCCGCGCUGACGCGCAGGCUGACCACCAUCAUCGAGGAGGCGGAGGCGGCCCACGGGUCCCCGCCCCGGCCCGGGGCGACCUCGCCCGAUCGGCGGGAGCCAGGGCCGCCAGGGCACUCCGCAGGCGAGGCUGAGGCCGAGGGCGAGGCGGAGGCCGCCUGCCGCCGGCGCCGCCAGGAGCAGGAGCAGGCCCUGCGCGCUGCCACCAUGGAGGUGCGCUCAGGGCGGUUCCGGGGCCAGCCGGUCUCCGUGUGGGACGUCCUCUUUUCCUCGUACCUGGAAGAGGCCCGGCGGGAGGAGCUCCUGGCCCAGCACGCGGCAGGCACCCUGGGGCUGGCGGACCUGGUGGCCGCCCUCCUGCGGGUGGUGGAGGAGACCGAGGAGCGGCUCAGCAAGGUGUCCUUCCGCGGCCUGAGGCGCCAGGUGUCGGCGACCGAGCUGCACAAGUCCGGGAUCCUGGGCCCCGAGACCCUGCGGGACCUGGCCCAGGGCACCAAGACCCUGCAGGAGGUGAAGGAGAUGGACUCCGUCAAGCGCUACCUGGAGGGCACCAGCUGCAUCGCGGGCGUGCUGGUGCCCGCCAGGGGCGAGCCGGGCCGCCAGGAGAAGAUGAGCAUCUACGAGGCCAUGUGGAAGGGCGUGCUGCGGCCGGGCACGGCCCUGGUGCUGCUGGAGGCGCAGGCGGCCACCGGCUUCGUCAUCGACCCGGUGCACGACCGGAGGCUGUCCGUGGAGGAGGCCGUGGCCGCGGGCGUGGUGGGCGGGGAGAUCCGGGAGAAGCUGCUGUCCGCCGAGCGCGCCGUCACGGGCUACACCGACCCCUACUCCGGGGAGCAGAUCUCGCUCUUCCAGGCCAUGCAGCGGGACCUCAUCGUCAGGGACCACGGCAUCCGCCUGCUGGAGGCCCAGAUCGCCACGGGCGGCGUCAUCGACCCCGUGCACAGCCACCGCGUGCCCGUGGAGGUGGCCUACCAGCGCGGCUACUUCGACGAGGAGAUGAGCCGCGUGCUGGCGGACCCCAGCGACGACACCAAGGGCUUCUUCGACCCCAACACGCACGAGAACCUCACCUACAUGCAGCUGCUGCGGCGCUGCGUGCGCGACCCGGACACCGGGCUCUACAUGCUGCAGCUGGCGGCCCAGGACUCCGCGGUGCACCAGCUGAGCGAGGAGCUGCGCGCCGCCCUGCGCGACGCCCGCGUCACGCCCGGCUGGGGCGCCUUCCAGGGCCAGAGCGUCUCCGUCUGGGAGCUCCUCUUCUACCGCGAGGUGCCCGAGCGCCGGCGCCAGGACCUGCUGCGCCGGUACCGGGCGGGCACCCUGACCGUGCAGGACGUGGGCUCGGCCCUCACCUCGCUGUUGGCCGCGGCCGAGGACCGGAGCCCGAGCGUCGACCCUCGGGGGGCCCUGCGUGCGGCCACCAUGGAGGUCAAGGCGGGACGCCUGCGGGGGCGUGCCGUACCCGUGUGGGACGUGCUGACGUCUGGCUACGUGAGCCGGGCCGCCCGCGAGGAGCUGCUGGCCCAGUUCGGCUCGGGGUCUCUGGCCCUGCCCGCGCUGACGCGCAGGCUGACCACCAUCAUCGAGGAGGCGGAGGCGGCCCACGGGUCCCCGCCCCGGCCCGGGGCGACCUCGCCCGAUCGGCGGGAGCCAGGGCCGCCAGGGCACUCCGCAGGCGAGGCUGAGGCCGAGGGCGAGGCGGAGGCCGCCUGCCGCCGGCGCCGCCAGGAGCAGGAGCAGGCCCUGCGCGCUGCCACCAUGGAGGUGCGCUCAGGGCGGUUCCGGGGCCAGCCGGUCUCCGUGUGGGACGUCCUCUUUUCCUCGUACCUGGAAGAGGCCCGGCGGGAGGAGCUCCUGGCCCAGCACGCGGCAGGCACCCUGGGGCUGGCGGACCUGGUGGCCGCCCUCCUGCGGGUGGUGGAGGAGACCGAGGAGCGGCUCAGCAAGGUGUCCUUCCGCGGCCUGAGGCGCCAGGUGUCGGCGACCGAGCUGCACAAGUCCGGGAUCCUGGGCCCCGAGACCCUGCGGGACCUGGCCCAGGGCACCAAGACCCUGCAGGAGGUGAAGGAGAUGGACUCCGUCAAGCGCUACCUGGAGGGCACCAGCUGCAUCGCGGGCGUGCUGGUGCCCGCCAGGGGCGAGCCGGGCCGCCAGGAGAAGAUGAGCAUCUACGAGGCCAUGUGGAAGGGCGUGCUGCGGCCGGGCACGGCCCUGGUGCUGCUGGAGGCGCAGGCGGCCACCGGCUUCGUCAUCGACCCGGUGCACGACCGGAGGCUGUCCGUGGAGGAGGCCGUGGCCGCGGGCGUGGUGGGCGGGGAGAUCCGGGAGAAGCUGCUGUCCGCCGAGCGCGCCGUCACGGGCUACACCGACCCCUACUCCGGGGAGCAGAUCUCGCUCUUCCAGGCCAUGCAGCGGGACCUCAUCGUCAGGGACCACGGCAUCCGCCUGCUGGAGGCCCAGAUCGCCACGGGCGGCGUCAUCGACCCGGUGCACAGCCACCGCGUGCCCGUGGAGGUGGCCUACCAGCGCGGCUACUUCGACGAGGAGAUGAGCCGCGUGCUGGCGGACCCCAGCGACGACACCAAGGGCUUCUUCGACCCCAACACGCACGAGAACCUCACCUACAUGCAGCUGCUGCGGCGCUGCGUGCGCGACCCGGACACCGGGCUCUACAUGCUGCAGCUGGCGGCCCAGGACUCCGCGGUGCACCAGCUGAGCGAGGAGCUGCGCGCCGCCCUGCGCGACGCCCGCGUCACGCCCGGCUGGGGCGCCUUCCAGGGCCAGAGCGUCUCCGUCUGGGAGCUCCUCUUCUACCGCGAGGUGCCCGAGCGCCGGCGCCAGGACCUGCUGCGCCGGUACCGGGCGGGCACCCUGACCGUGCAGGACGUGGGCUCGGCCCUCACCUCGCUGUUGGCCGCGGCCGAGGACCGGAGCCCGAGCGUCGACCCUCGGGGGGCCCUGCGUGCGGCCACCAUGGAGGUCAAGGCGGGACGCCUGCGGGGGCGUGCCGUACCCGUGUGGGACGUGCUGACGUCUGGCUACGUGAGCCGGGCCGCCCGCGAGGAGCUGCUGGCCCAGUUCGGCUCGGGGUCUCUGGCCCUGCCCGCGCUGACGCGCAGGCUGACCACCAUCAUCGAGGAGGCGGAGGCGGCCCACGGGUCCCCGCCCCGGCCCGGGGCGACCUCGCCCGAUCGGCGGGAGCCAGGGCCGCCAGGGCACUCCUCAGGCGAGGCUGAGGCCGAGGGCGAGGCGGAGGCCGCCUGCCGCCGGCGCCGCCAGGAGCAGGAGCAGGCCCUGCGCGCUGCCACCAUGGAGGUGCGCUCAGGGCGGUUCCGGGGCCAGCCGGUCUCCGUGUGGGACGUCCUCUUUUCCUCGUACCUGGAAGAGGCCCGGCGGGAGGAGCUCCUGGCCCAGCACGCGGCAGGCACCCUGGGGCUGGCGGACCUGGUGGCCGCCCUCCUGCGGGUGGUGGAGGAGACCGAGGAGCGGCUCAGCAAGGUGUCCUUCCGCGGCCUGAGGCGCCAGGUGUCGGCGACCGAGCUGCACAAGUCCGGGAUCCUGGGCCCCGAGACCCUGCGGGACCUGGCCCAGGGCACCAAGACCCUGCAGGAGGUGAAGGAGAUGGACUCCGUCAAGCGCUACCUGGAGGGCACCAGCUGCAUCGCGGGCGUGCUGGUGCCCGCCAGGGGCGAGCCGGGCCGCCAGGAGAAGAUGAGCAUCUACGAGGCCAUGUGGAAGGGCGUGCUGCGGCCGGGCACGGCCCUGGUGCUGCUGGAGGCGCAGGCGGCCACCGGCUUCGUCAUCGACCCGGUGCACGACCGGAGGCUGUCCGUGGAGGAGGCCGUGGCCGCGGGCGUGGUGGGCGGGGAGAUCCGGGAGAAGCUGCUGUCCGCCGAGCGCGCCGUCACGGGCUACACCGACCCCUACUCCGGGGAGCAGAUCUCGCUCUUCCAGGCCAUGCAGCGGGACCUCAUCGUCAGGGACCACGGCAUCCGCCUGCUGGAGGCCCAGAUCGCCACGGGCGGCGUCAUCGACCCGGUGCACAGCCACCGCGUGCCCGUGGAGGUGGCCUACCAGCGCGGCUACUUCGACGAGGAGAUGAGCCGCGUGCUGGCGGACCCCAGCGACGACACCAAGGGCUUCUUCGACCCCAACACGCACGAGAACCUCACCUACAUGCAGCUGCUGCGGCGCUGCGUGCGCGACCCGGACACCGGGCUCUACAUGCUGCAGCUGGCGGCCCAGGACUCCGCGGUGCACCAGCUGAGCGAGGAGCUGCGCGCCGCCCUGCGCGACGCCCGCGUCACGCCCGGCUGGGGCGCCUUCCAGGGCCAGAGCGUCUCCGUCUGGGAGCUCCUCUUCUACCGCGAGGUGCCCGAGCGCCGGCGCCAGGACCUGCUGCGCCGGUACCGGGCGGGCACCCUGACCGUGCAGGACGUGGGCUCGGCCCUCACCUCGCUGUUGGCCGCGGCCGAGGACCGGAGCCCGAGCGUCGACCCUCGGGGGGCCCUGCGUGCGGCCACCAUGGAGGUCAAGGCGGGACGCCUGCGGGGGCGUGCCGUGCCCGUGUGGGACGUGCUGACGUCUGGCUACGUGAGCCGGGCCGCCCGCGAGGAGCUGCUGGCCCAGUUCGGCUCGGGGUCUCUGGCCCUGCCCGCGCUGACGCGCAGGCUGACCACCAUCAUCGAGGAGGCGGAGGCGGCCCACGGGUCCCCGCCCCGGCCCGGGGCGACCUCGCCCGAUCGGCGGGAGCCAGGGCCGCCAGGGCACUCCGCAGGCGAGGCUGAGGCCGAGGGCGAGGCGGAGGCCGCCUGCCGCCGGCGCCGCCAGGAGCAGGAGCAGGCCCUGCGCGCUGCCACCAUGGAGGUGCGCUCAGGGCGGUUCCGGGGCCAGCCGGUCUCCGUGUGGGACGUCCUCUUUUCCUCGUACCUGGAAGAGGCCCGGCGGGAGGAGCUCCUGGCCCAGCACGCGGCAGGCACCCUGGGGCUGGCGGACCUGGUGGCCGCCCUCCUGCGGGUGGUGGAGGAGACCGAGGAGCGGCUCAGCAAGGUGUCCUUCCGCGGCCUGAGGCGCCAGGUGUCGGCGACCGAGCUGCACAAGUCCGGGAUCCUGGGCCCCGAGACCCUGCGGGACCUGGCCCAGGGCACCAAGACCCUGCAGGAGGUGAAGGAGAUGGACUCCGUCAAGCGCUACCUGGAGGGCACCAGCUGCAUCGCGGGUGUGCUGGUGCCCGCCAGGGGCGAGCCGGGCCGCCAGGAGAAGAUGAGCAUCUACGAGGCCAUGUGGAAGGGCGUGCUGCGGCCGGGCACGGCCCUGGUGCUGCUGGAGGCGCAGGCGGCCACCGGCUUCGUCAUCGACCCGGUGCACGACCGGAGGCUGUCCGUGGAGGAGGCCGUGGCCGCGGGCGUGGUGGGCGGGGAGAUCCGGGAGAAGCUGCUGUCCGCCGAGCGCGCCGUCACGGGCUACACCGACCCCUACUCCGGGGAGCAGAUCUCGCUCUUCCAGGCCAUGCAGCGGGACCUCAUCGUCAGGGACCACGGCAUCCGCCUGCUGGAGGCCCAGAUCGCCACGGGCGGCGUCAUCGACCCGGUGCACAGCCACCGCGUGCCCGUGGAGGUGGCCUACCAGCGCGGCUACUUCGACGAGGAGAUGAGCCGCGUGCUGGCGGACCCCAGCGACGACACCAAGGGCUUCUUCGACCCCAACACGCACGAGAACCUCACCUACAUGCAGCUGCUGCGGCGCUGCGUGCGCGACCCGGACACCGGGCUCUACAUGCUGCAGCUGGCGGCCCAGGACUCCGCGGUGCACCAGCUGAGCGAGGAGCUGCGCGCCGCCCUGCGCGACGCCCGCGUCACGCCCGGCUGGGGCGCCUUCCAGGGCCAGAGCGUCUCCGUCUGGGAGCUCCUCUUCUACCGCGAGGUGCCCGAGCGCCGGCGCCAGGACCUGCUGCGCCGGUACCGGGCGGGCACCCUGACCGUGCAGGACGUGGGCUCGGCCCUCACCUCGCUGUUGGCCGCGGCCGAGGACCGGAGCCCGAGCGUCGACCCUCGGGGGGCCCUGCGUGCGGCCACCAUGGAGGUCAAGGCGGGACGCCUGCGGGGGCGUGCCGUGCCCGUGUGGGACGUGCUGACGUCUGGCUACGUGAGCCGGGCCGCCCGCGAGGAGCUGCUGGCCCAGUUCGGCUCGGGGUCUCUGGCCCUGCCCGCGCUGACGCGCAGGCUGACCACCAUCAUCGAGGAGGCGGAGGCGGCCCACGGGUCCCCGCCCCGGCCCGGGGCGACCUCGCCCGAUCGGCGGGAGCCAGGGCCGCCAGGGCACUCCUCAGGCGAGGCUGAGGCCGAGGGCGAGGCGGAGGCCGCCUGCCGCCGGCGCCGCCAGGAGCAGGAGCAGGCCCUGCGCGCUGCCACCAUGGAGGUGCGCUCAGGGCGGUUCCGGGGCCAGCCGGUCUCCGUGUGGGACGUCCUCUUUUCCUCGUACCUGGAAGAGGCCCGGCGGGAGGAGCUCCUGGCCCAGCACGCGGCAGGCACCCUGGGGCUGGCGGACCUGGUGGCCGCCCUCCUGCGGGUGGUGGAGGAGACCGAGGAGCGGCUCAGCAAGGUGUCCUUCCGCGGCCUGAGGCGCCAGGUGUCGGCGACCGAGCUGCACAAGUCCGGGAUCCUGGGCCCCGAGACCCUGCGGGACCUGGCCCAGGGCACCAAGACCCUGCAGGAGGUGAAGGAGAUGGACUCCGUCAAGCGCUACCUGGAGGGCACCAGCUGCAUCGCGGGCGUGCUGGUGCCCGCCAGGGGCGAGCCGGGCCGCCAGGAGAAGAUGAGCAUCUACGAGGCCAUGUGGAAGGGCGUGCUGCGGCCGGGCACGGCCCUGGUGCUGCUGGAGGCGCAGGCGGCCACCGGCUUCGUCAUCGACCCGGUGCACGACCGGAGGCUGUCCGUGGAGGAGGCCGUGGCCGCGGGCGUGGUGGGCGGGGAGAUCCGGGAGAAGCUGCUGUCCGCCGAGCGCGCCGUCACGGGCUACACCGACCCCUACUCCGGGGAGCAGAUCUCGCUCUUCCAGGCCAUGCAGCGGGACCUCAUCGUCAGGGACCACGGCAUCCGCCUGCUGGAGGCCCAGAUCGCCACGGGCGGCGUCAUCGACCCGGUGCACAGCCACCGCGUGCCCGUGGAGGUGGCCUACCAGCGCGGCUACUUCGACGAGGAGAUGAGCCGCGUGCUGGCGGACCCCAGCGACGACACCAAGGGCUUCUUCGACCCCAACACGCACGAGAACCUCACCUACAUGCAGCUGCUGCAACGAGCCACUCUGGACCCCGAAAGUGGUCUUUUGUUUCUUCGUGUAUGUAAUGUCUAAUGGAUUCUUUUUUGUCACUUUGAGUGCUUUUGGACUUCCAGUACUUUUUACCUUUUAAUUGCUUGAGGUGUUUAGUUUUUCUGCACAGUAUCUUUGUUGGCCUUGUACAGUCGGGUGUUCUUGGUUUCUCCCAGCUUUUGUGGGUUUGUGUUUGUUCAUUUUGUUUGCCCGUUUCAUUCCUCUUUCUCUUGGCAUUCUUUCUGUGAAUUCCUUCUCUUUUCCCUUUGACCUGCAGUGUUGUUCAGAUCUCUGACAGUUUGUGUGUGACCCUCCCUGUGUAGGUGCUUCGUGCAGAAUGGAGUCCCUUUUCUUUGCCCCCUCCCCCCCAGUGUACACACUGAGUUGCCUUACUGAUUUGCUGGCAUCCACUUGUUACUGUCUGCAUUUCUUUCAGUCAAGUUUCAUGUUUUGCCUGAAGUCAUUUCCCAUGUCUUAACAUCUCAUAUAAAUAUCUCUGUACAUUCUCUAUCCAUCUCAUUUUGGUGGACAGUGGCGACCCGCUUACUCUGAUCUCUCAGACCAUGCUCAGACUUGGUGGUCCCACCCAGGCACACUGGUGACCCGCUUGGAAUUGGAGCAUGUCUUGGGGGAUAAUUUGUAAAGAAGUGGUUAUGCAUGAUGAAGUGCCUUUGUUUGUUUUUUAAACCAUAAUGAAAUAACAGCAGUCUGUUUCAGCUCAUAUUUCUGAUAGUUCAGUGUUGGGGGGCUGUAUCCUUACUGGCAGUGUUCUGAGGUGGCACUGGACACCAUACAGUGAGAGACUGAGAGCAAGAACUCUUGCUUUUCAUUUCAGUUGUUUGAAGGUUCAUCCACAGAACUUUAUACUCUUGCUGUAGAGAUUUAAAUAAGAAAAACAAGCAAUUUCAAAUCCAUCAGGGCUGACAGAGAGCAUUGUUGCAGGGUGGUACAAGGUUCUGCUGAGCAGUGCUCUUGGAAGCACAUGCAGAUCCCACUGUUCAAGAAGAGCAGCAACAGUGAAGACAGGGGUGGAGGGCAAACCCCACUCUCCCCCACCACAUGGAGUGGGAGGGCCAGGCUGCUUCCUCUCCUGCAGAGGACGGGACCACUAUCUGAAAGGUUUCACCUAUGGUUUCCUUUGUGUUUUCCCAUUUGGAAUUUGCUGCUGUUCUUGAUUCCAUGGAAUUUGUAUCUGUCACCAAAUUUAGAAAGUUUUAAGCCAUUAUUUCUUCAAAAAUUUUUCCUAUAGUAAUAUCUUUUCUCCUUCCAUAACUCCAAAUACACAGAUGUUAUUUGCCUUGA